AUGCAGCUGUCACUUCUCCUCGCUGCGUUUUCUGCGCAUGCAGUCCUUGCCGCACCUCGGAUCAAAAGAGACGCCCUCAAAUCAUGUGUGGAGGAGGUCUUUGGAGGGAACGCGGCUCUGCGCAUCGUGACACCGACUGAUCCUACUUACCACGAUGCGAGAAUCGGAGAGGCCAUCCAGUUUACACAGAUGCCAGUGUUGAUUGCUUACGCAGAAAAGCCAUAUGAAGUUGCACCCUUGAUCCAAUGCGCAAAGACGAGUGGCAUCAAAGCAGUCCCCAGAACCGGUGGUCACCACUUCCUCGGAUACUCCGCCCUCCAAGAUGCCCUCGUCAUCGACAUCACCCACAUCGACUACGUCAACAUCGCAGCAGACAAAAAGACCGCCACCGUCGGCGCCGGCAUCCGCUUCGGCGCCCUCUACACGGCCCUCGGCCAGCAAGGCCUCGACUGGACGGGCGGCAUCUGCCCCACAGUCGGCAUCUCGGGCUUCCUCUCCGCGGGCGGCUUCAACAUGCAGAUGCGCCAAAACGGCCUCGGCGUCGACAACGUCGAGUCCGCAAAGGUAGUCACCUCGGACGGCUGCAUCGUAACGGCCUCCCGCGACGAAAACGCCGACCUCUUCUUCGCCAUCCGCGGCGGCGGCGGCGGAUCCUACGGCAUCGUCAUCGAGUGGACGCUGCGCAUGUACGAGUUCCCCCGGUCCGCCAUGGUGUACCUGCAGUGGAACGGCUCCGACACGCGGUUCGAUAUCGCAAAGACGUUCCAUGAGUGGGCGCCCCGCGCGGACAGCGCCCUCAGCUCGCAGGUGAACUUGUACAAGAACCGCACCGACGUGAUUGGGUGGUGCUACGGCUGCACCCUCGACAAGCUGCAGGGCAUGGUGAACGCCUCCGGGCUCCUGGGUGUCGGCAAACCGGCGGCGUACAUCUCGGGCGGGUGCAACACCAUCAACGCCCGCCUCUUCGGCUACGGCGUCAACGAGUGCGGCGCCGACGAGGCCGUUGCGCAAGUCGCGCCGUUUGUCGUCAACACGAUCCAGCAGCCGUUCGUCCAGAUCCCGGGUUACGCAAACUUCACUUACAACGAGACGACAAAGGCGCCCGAGCUACCCCCCGCGCAGCCCUGGGCGCGCUUCAUCCGCCUGUCGAAAUCCUUCAUGGUUCAAAAGGAUAAGCUGCUCACUGACGAGACGAUGAAGAACGCCAUCUCGCGGAUCGACGAGCUCGACGACGCGGCGCAGGGGUGGAUCGAGUGGCACGCGUGGAACAUUUCGAUUGCGGGCGAUGCGGCGUUUGCGUGGCGCGAGCAGGCGUAUUCGCACAUGGAGUUCAUCGUGUCCAGCUCCGCGGAUGAGAAGGUCCAUGCUGGCUAUGUGAAGUGGUUCAAGAGCCUGGAGGAUUACUUGCGUCCGCUUGUUGGAAUGGCGAGUUACUCGGGCUACAUGGAUGACACGAUUUCCACCCCUCCGCUUGAUUCGUACUACGGCGCCAAUGUCGCAAAGCUGUCUCAAAUCAAGUCCAAGUACGAUCCCCAGGGCUUCUUCGCGAAUUCUCAUCCUCAAAACUCACAUCUUCUUCUGGUGAUGUCUCCCACUGACCAGAGACCAAGGCAACCCCAAACCAUAAUCUGGCUCAAGACCUCAGACCAGUCCUUUGCAAUCCACAAGUCCCUCCUAGUCGAGUCCUCAAAAUACUUCCAACGCUGCCUCGACGGACCCUUCGCCGAAUCCCACACAAACACAAUCGACCUAAACGACACCGACGACAACGCAGACGAAAACGACGGCGAAGUCAACGUCAGCAUCAGCCCGCUAACCCUAGGCACCUACGUGAAACUAUGCUACUUCACCCGCCUCACAGCCCAGCGCGUCAAACGCUGCCGCCGCAACGCGGCGGACCACCCGGGCGAGGACGCCGUCUACUACGAGGUCUCCCCCUUCUCCCUGAAACCCUGCGACAUGCACACCCCGCACGACCUGACGGAGCUCGUCGACAUGUGGUCCCUCUGCGACCGCUUCCACGACGACCUGCUUCUGGGGAAAGUGUCCACCGCCAUCCGCGAGACGCUCGACGUCGGGGCCACGAAGCUCGGCGGCAGCUGCGGCGGCGGCGGAGGUGGUGAUGCACAGCAGCAACACGGCGCCGAGUGGUGGGUUUUCAACUUCGCCAACGGCUACGUCGCGCUGGCGAGCCUUCACCGGAGGAGAGACGACGACGUCGAAGGGUUGAUGGAGAGGUUGCGGGAUCUGUUUGUGCAAAACUGUUCGCCGGCUUCGUGGGAGAGGCUUGCGGGCCAGUUGCCUAGCGAGUUCGUGGUUGCGGCGUCGAUUGCGUUCCAGGCCAAGAUGGCGACGUUGAUGCCGCACGAGGCGGCGAUUGCAAGGGUCAAUGGGGCGAGUCUGUGUUAUGAGUGUAAGACUAGGGUGCAGACGGCUUUGAAGAGAUGA